CUUCACUCCGCCAGCCAGCCCCUGCACGCUGGUUUCUCUCCAUUGCAGGGUUGUAGGGCUGGCUGAAGAGACGCGGGGAAUCGCUGAGUAAUCGCAGUAACAAACCCAUGUUUACAGCAGCGAGCGCCGGCUGAAUAACCAACCCCUUCCAUGUCCACCAUGGGCAACGGGAUGUGCUCCAGGCGGCAGAAGGGACUUCUCCAGACGGGCUUCUGUUUCCUAGUUGUACUUUGUUUCGGGCUCGGGCUGUACACCUACACCCACCUGAAGGAAAACGUGCGCAGCGCCGAGACGCUGGCCCAGAAAUACAAGCAGCAGCAGGAAUCCGUCUCGGCUCAGUUACAAGUCGUGUAUGAGCAUCGGUCCAGACUGGAGCGCUCGCUGCAGAAGGAGCGGAGUGAACACAAGAAGACAAAGGAAGACUUUCUGGUGUAUAAAUUGGAAGCUCAGGAGUCAUUGAACAAAGAGAAGCAGGAUGCCAUGAAUCGGUACGGUGCCCUCAGCUCCCAGCACAAUAUACUGAAGAACCAGCACGAGGAGAUGAAGAAGCAGCUGGUGGGGCUGCAGCUCCAACACAACAGCCUACAGCUGGAGCACAGGAAGGCAAUGGAGAGCCACAGCCAGCAGUACCUGCAGCUCCAUCAGCAGAAGGAGCUCGAGAUCAGCAGCCUGCAGGACAACGUGCUGAAGCUUAGGCUGGAGAGUAAACAGCUGCGGCAAACGCACCAGGAGAUGCACCUGCAGCUGGCCAAGGCACAGGGCCAGCUGGAAGAGUUCAGGCAGCUGAAGGAAGCUCUCAAUGGGAUGCCGAGUUUCAAAAAGCCCGGCCUAAAGCCCACCGUGCAGCAGGUACAGAACCAAGCAGGACGCCGGCAACCCUGGCCCCCGGCUAACAACCAGGCAAACGUCGCUGAUCAGAAGGUGGAGCAGCAGCUGCCGGCGCUGGCGGAUGGAGGACAGGCGGCCGGGGGAGGGGGAGCAGCCACCGGCGACAGACCUGGGGAACCAGCCGCGGGGGAGACUCCCGGACAAGGGGAGCGGCCGCAGCACGGGGGCUCCCCCGCCUGGCAGAGGGAGGAACCGCGGGCGGAAGGUGCCAACCGUGUGCCGCGGGUCGCCAGGACGGUGAACAACCUGCCCCCCGGCAACCAGGUGCAGGAGAUGUUGCAGGACAAUGGCCCGGAGCGGACACUUGGUGGCACUGCUGAGCAAGAGCAGGGCCAGGGGGUAGCUGGACAACAUGGGUCGAUGGCCUUGAGUGGGCUGGAGGUAGGGGGCGCCCUGAAGCAGGUGCAGAGGUGGGAUGAGAUUAUCAACGCCGUGAAUGGAGACGUGGAAUACCAUCGGGAGAGCCGAGCGGAGAACGGCCUGGGGCCUCCGGUCACUCCGGCAAGGAACGUCAGGAGCUACUGGAAUCCCGGGCAUGGGAACGCCAACUGGAGUCUGGACCGUGGAGGCGACGGGAGGGAGAGACUUGAGGAGAUGCAUCAGAGAAUGGGUAGAGAUCUACACCGCUGGUCAGCUGAUAUUUAUCCCAUGGGCAGACUAAAGCACACUUGGACGGACCAUGGGUUGAAGGAAGCGGGGAAGAUGAACGCCGAGAAGCUGUUUGCCCGAGCCCUGUCGUCCCGGAGAGAGCCCAUUCCACAGGAGCCGCUGAUGCCCGACGUUGAUGAGGACCCGGCUCAGGACCCCAACAACCAGGGUGAGGAUGAGUUUGAAGAAGCUGAACUGGAGCGGCCGGGCUUUGCAGCGAAGGUGGGCGGGGUGAAGGAGCAGCAGCUCCUGGCCAGGCCGGCGGCAAAGAACGCUGCACGUAAAGAAGGCGCUAACAUCAUGGACGAGUAUCAGGAAGAUCAAGAGGCGGAAAAUGAGGACAACGGAGGCGAGAUGGACGAUGAGCAGGAAGAUGUCGACCUCGCCCGUAAGGACGCCACUGAAGAGGAGGCUGUGCCCGGAGACGAUGAGGCCAACAGGGAUGAAGAAUAUUGAAUCCCCGGAUGGACAGCGUGCGCUGGUGUGGACAUGGGAUGGAUUCUUAUUCCCAACGUGAGGAGACGGAGAUUAAGGAGCUAAGCUGCUGUUCCAAGCAGUUGCUGUCCCUACACAUUUCACUUAACAUUGUGAACUGCAAGAGUAAGGCAGAGUUUGAUAUCUGAGCUCAAGGUUUUUUUCCAUCUGACCUCCUUACAGUCACAAUUUAAAGUUUGACUAAAUGUUAUUGGUCCAAUGGUCACAAACUGGUGAAUAUCCCUCUCCUGGGGAACAGUUGGUCAGGAAGAAUCUGAACACAUUAUUGAUUGGACCAAGUAAGCCCAUGGUUCAUUGGAAUAAGAAGGGCAUCGAAGUGAUGAAGAUAAAUUUGUUCAUUUUGU